AGACUUCAGUUGAGAUUCUAAAGUGCUCGCGCGCGGCAGCUUCUCGAAAUGUGGCGCCAUCGCAUCCUGCAGGAGACAUCCCGCCGGGGAAUCAGCAAGCAAGUGAGAGGAGGCGGAGGAGCGAGACAGGAGCCGAGUGGAUCCCUGCCAGCCUCAGCGGAUGUGGUUGUGAUUGGCGGUGGGUCGGCGGGAUGCCACACCCUCUAUCACCUGGCACGACGCGGUGUCAAGGCGGUGCUCCUGGAGCGUGCCCAACUCACGGCCGGAACCACCUGGCACACCGCCGGAUUACUGUGGCGCCUGCGACCCAACGAUGUGGAUAUUCAGCUGCUGGCUAAUUCGCGCCGGAUGCUCCAGCAAUUGGAGGCGGAGACCGAGCUGGAUCCGGGCUGGAUUCAGAAUGGUGGUAUCUUCAUAGCCCACAAUGAAACGCGACUGGAUGAGUACCGUAGACUGGCCACCGUGGGUUCAGCCCUGGGUAUCGAAAACCAAGUACUGAGUCCCGAAGAGACCCAAAAGCUGUUCCCCCUCCUGGAUCCCUCGGCCUUUGUAGGAGCACUCUACUCCCCAGGUGAUGGUGUCAUGGAUCCCGCGAUGCUGUGUGCUGCCCUCAAAAAGGCGGCCACCAAUCUCGGCGCCCAGGUGAUCGAGCACUGUGGAGUGGAUGACCUGCUGCUGGAGCAAACUUCCAGGGGUAAGAAAGUAGUGGGCGUGGCCACGCCCUUCGGAGACAUCAGGGCAGAGAAGGUAGUGAAUGCCACGGGCGUAUGGGGCCGCGAUUUAGUGGCCAAGCAUGGGUCUCAUCUUCCCCUGGUGCCCAUGAAGCAUGCCUACAUUGUUUCCGAAUCCAUUCCGGGAGUGCGGGGACUACCCAACAUCCGAGAUCACGAUUACUCCACCUACUUCCGCAUCCAAGGAGACGCCAUCUGCAUGGGAGGCUAUGAGCCGAAUCCGAUUCUACUGGAACCUGUGCCCAAGGACUUCCAUUUCGGACUCUAUGAACUGGACUGGUCUGUUUUCGAGGCCCACGUCGAGGGGGCCCAGAAGUUGUGUCCCAGCUAUGCGAAGUACGGCGUGAAGAGCACGGUUUGUGGACCCGAGUCCUUCACACCCGAUCACAAGCCACUUAUGGGUCCGGAUCCGAUUCUGGACGGGCUGUACCACAACUGCGGCUUCAACUCAGCGGGCAUGAUGUUUGGCGGUGGAUGCGGGGAGCAGACUGCUCUCUGGGUCAUCCAGGGGCAACCCGAGCUGCCCAUGUUCGGCUUCGAUCUGCGGAGAUUCACCCAGGAGCAGGGCAAGGCCAUCCAGUGGAUCAGGGAGAAGUCGCACGAGAGCUAUGUGAAGAACUACAGCAUGGUCUUCAAGUACGAUCAACCUCUGGCGGGUAGAGACUUCCAAAAGGAUCCCCUGCACGAGGAGAUGAUGCAGGCGGGAGCCGUGAUGGAAGAGAAACAGGGCUGGGAGCGACCUGGUUUCUUCCUGCCCUCCGGUUCCAGGAAGGCGGUGGUUCUGCCCUACGACUGGUACGGCAGCUAUGGCCACCAGAGGAUCCAGGACGGCGAGUACGAAAGGGUUCUGGAGGGCGAUCUCCACUACAGCAGAUUCUCGGAGCACCACGAACUGAUCGGAUCGGAGGCAUCGGCUUGUCGCAAUAACGCCGUGGUAUUCAACAUGAGCUACUUCGCCAAGCUCCUGCUGGAGGGUCCUCAGGCCCAGGAGGCCGCCGACUGGCUCUUCUCGGCUAAUACCAAUCGAGAUCCCAGCAAAACUGUAUACACCUGUGCUCUUAACGAUGCCGGUGGCGUUGAAGCGGAUGUGACCAUUUCCCGCCUGUCUCCCGGUUCCGGAAAAGUCUACGAUCCCAAGUUCAAUGGUCAAGGAUUCUAUAUCGUGGCGGGCGGUGCCUCCGCCUUCUACACGUACAGCUCUCUGCAGGCAGAGAUCCGUAGAAAGGGCUUUGAGGCCAGUCUCAAAGACUUGACCGCCGAAUUGGGUGUCAUAUCCAUUCAAGGACCCAGCAGCCGGAAGAUCCUCCAGCCCCUCAUCGACUGCGAUCUAUCCGAUGAGCAAGUACCCCCGAAUAGCACCCGCUUGGCCAAGUUUGGGGACGUGGGUCUCCGCCUCCUGCGGGUGAGCUUCGUGGGCGAACUUGGCUACGAGCUCCAUGUGCCCAAAAAGGAUUGUGUUGCCGUCUAUCGAAACCUGAUGAAGGCGGGUGCUGGCCAGGAUUUGCGCAAUGCUGGCUACCGGUCGCUGUAUUCCCUCAGCAGUGAGAAGGGCUACCAUCUGUGGAGCUUCGACCUGCGACCGGAUGACACUCCUCUGGAAGCUGGCUUGGGAUUCACCUGUCGCAAGAGUGGAGCAGACUACCGCGGCAAGGCGGCCAUCGAAAAACAGCGAUCUGAGGGCUUGAAGAAGCGCCUGGUUUACCUGACCCUCCAAGAUCAGGUGCCCAUCUGGGGACUGGAGGGAGUCUACCGGAAUGGAGAGGCCGUGGGCAUUCUGCGACGAGCGGAAUAUGCCUAUGCCCUAGGAAAAUCCCUCGGACAGGCUUACAUUUCCAGGCCAGAUGGACAGAUCAUCGAUGUUGAUUACAUCAAGAACGGGGAGUACGAGGUGGACAUAUUGGGCAAGAAAUACCGCGCCGACUGCCACUUGCGCAGCCCAUUCGAUCCCACUGGCCAACGGGUUCUCGGUAACUAUGCAUCCGAGUCCGAGCCCAAUAAAUAAAGAAGAGCCUGUUGUUUCCAAGAA